CGCAACACGACGACAACAACAACGAUCAGGCGGCUCAAGUUUGACGGGCUCUCGACGGCUCUUUGCACGAUCUUCCGCGCAGGAUCCGGUCUAGGCGAUAGCUUCCGAGUGCACUGUCACUCAGGCAUUGGCAAGGCCAGCUGGUUGAUCGGCGCUGCUCCCUUGUGACGACUCCCGGCAUUGUGUCAGACGAUCCCCAGUCUCCGCUCCUGGACUGAGAUGGUCACACCGAUCAACAGGCUCACAUCGACAGGUAUGGCAACCAGUGUGCCUGUCGCGAGUACUUCCAAGCCCGAGCCGCGUCGUAUACCAAGGGCGAAACCGAAUGCGACACUCUGCUACUUCUCCCCUCGACUUGCAUUCACCCACUUUCCCCAUCCCCCGCCGGACGAAGCUUUCCUCGCCCAACACUAUGCUGUCAUUUCGAAGCGCGAGCAGAGGCUGUGGGGUCAAGUUGGCUACACGGGAGACGACAGUCAACCUGGCUUGCCAUCUUGGGCAAUCCAGGACGAUCCAGACUUGCUACACGAUGGGGGUGAUGAAGGAAGCGACGACUACCUGCUCGAUGAGGAUACCGAGCCAGAGGACGUCAUCCCGCCUAGUGCGACUGACGCGACGGUCAACAAGCGAAAGGGCAAAGAGAAGGCCGAAGCCAGGGCUACAGCGACAAAGGCUGCGCCAGGCUCACGCGAACUCGUCUGGUGGACUCUUGAUAACGAGCUCAUCUAUCACUCCUUCUUCCAAGAUUUCGGGCCUCUCAACAUCGGCUGCCUCUAUCGCUUCUGUCUCGCAUUACAUGCCCUUCUCGAGGCGGCAGAACACAGCCAGAAGACGAUUGUCAUCUACGCGUCUGAUCAGCCUGACAAGAAAGCUAAUUCCGCCCUGCUUGUCGCUCUCUAUGCGAUGAUCGUGCUUCACUUGUCGCCAGCCGACGUGCUCUUUCCACUAGCAGGCCUCGAGUUCAGGCCGUACCGCGACGCAGGCUACGCUCGAGCAGACUUCCAUCUCUCAUUACAGGACGUCAUCUUUGGCAUGAAAAAGGCGCUUGAUCUGCGCUUGCUCAAGCUGGAGGAAUUCGACGUCAAGCAGUACGAGGAAUUUGAGAAAGUCGAAAAUGGCGACUGGAAUUUCAUCACGCCCCACUUUCUUGCUUUCGCGUCGCCCUUGCAACCUGGUUACAAACCGCCUUCAACGCCGUCAUCUGCACCUGCCGCUACGUCUGGACUGUCCACAAGCCGCCUGCCAAAGCCAUUCACGAAUGUGCUUGAUCACUUUCCCAAGCUGAACGUUCAACUCGUUAUCAGACUGAACAAGAAGCUCUACAACGAAGGCUACUUUGUGCAGAAGGGCAUCAGCCAUCUCGAGAUGUACUUUGACGAUGGCACAAACCCUACGAUGGACAUGUGUCGUGAGUUCAUUGACAUUUCAGAGCGUACGAUCAGAGCAGGCGGCGUCGUAGCGGUACACUGCAAGGCAGGAUUGGGCAGGACGGGUACACUGAUCGGAGCGUACAUGAUCUGGAAAUGGGGCUUCACCGCCAACGAAGCCAUCGCGUUUAUGCGAAUGAUGCGCCCCGGCAGCGUCGUAGGGCCCCAGCAGCAUUAUCUCUAUCAGAAUCAGCUCGUGUGGUCUCAAUGGGCAGCUCUAGACAGCUACCGCGCGGCACAAGCUGGCGCGGGAGGCAUCACCAAGCCGGCUGACAUCGUCCUCGAGACGAAUGGCCAGACAACAGCUACCCUUGAGCCAGCUCGACCAAUGACACCGCCGCCUGAGCCAGAGGCCGUCACGAUACCCAAGACGCCCAUCCGCGCUCGUGAAGUGACACCUGUCAAUGCCAAUCUGACUGUGCCUGGUCAACCACGCAAGACGCCAGGCUCGAAGGGCAAGCAUCAGAUUGCAGCACCCGAAGCGCUAGAUGAUUCGAUCGAUGAGGAGAAUAUCGAGCCGGAAGCAGAUCCGCUGGACGCAAAGUCGAGUCCGCAGAUGGUCACCCGCGAACUGCCUCCCAGUCCCGUCAAGGGUAUUCCGGUACCGAUCACCAGGAACAACCGUGUCGCACGACCGAGACAAAAAUCCGUGAGCUCUGCGAGCAGCCGAAAUGGCGAUCAGCACAGCGACAAGGAAAACAGUAAUCAGAGCGCAAGGGCGCGAGUUCCUCGAUCGCUCGCCAGCAAAGAUCUCGGCCAGCUCGUCGAGACCGCAAAGAGCGUAGCGAGCAAAGGCAGUACUCCCAGCGUGCUCGCUUCGGACGACGACGAUUCACAUUACAAUCUACGAGCAUCGCGGUCGAAUUCGAUCAACAAGAUUUCAGAUGUCACGCCUAUCGUGCCAGUCAAGAACCCAUCGCCUAGCAGAUUGCCAAAGCGUGUUCAAGUCAAGAGGCGUACGCCGACCACAUCUUCCCAGCCGCUCUCGAACCGAUCUCGAGAGCCGUCUUUGGGCCUCAGCGAGCGUCGCAAGGUAUCUGGAGGAAGUCACGAGGCUGCAGUGAAACCUACGAGAAGCGUUCGAGCAAGGCGCAGUGCUUCGCAGCAAGAAUAAUUAGUCGGAGUCUUGCUUACAAAACAUCAUCUUUGAUACUUGUUGAUUGUAGUAAAGCAACACUUGCAGAGGGUAAUACAAGCAUUCGAGCACAUGAAU